AAGAUGGGAUGGAUUCGUCAACGAUGCCACGUUUUUCUUUGACACCAAUCAAUUUCUACAUUUAAUAUUAUAGACUGUAGCUGUUCGACGUAAUGUCUCAACGAAAAAGACGAAAUUGGGUUCCACCUGAAUUCUAGAAUUACGGUGGAAGAGCGUUUUUUUGUCAAUAGCCCACGACGGAAUCUGAGCUUCUCUCCAUGACCCGGGCGGCCAAGGCCUCCUUCUCCGAUGCAUCCUUAGGCGGCCCCAAACUCUCUGAGGUUUAUGGCUUCGUCGGAUCCAUCACCACCAUUGUUUUUACAGUGAUAUUCAUCGUGUGGGCAUAUGUUCCCGACCACUGCUUGCAUUCAAUCGGAUUCUAUCACUACCCAAACAGGUUAUUGUAUUGGGCUUUGGCUGUGCCAACUUACGUGACGGUGAUAAUUGUACUGGCAAUCAUAUUUUAUAUCGCCGCAAAUUUUGUGGCAACUCCUCCUCCUACUUCCUUAGACAUAAUGUUUGGUAAAAUUGACUUCCUAAGCUUUUGCUUACACUAUGAAUUCAGCAGGGAAUUGCUAAGUGGAGUCCCUUCAACAGAUGGCGAUGAACAUUCAAUUGAGCCUAUAUCGGACAUAGGCAUCGACAGAAUAAACAACAUCAUGUUCGACAGCCUCUAAUGAAGGCGUUUGAGUGAUCAGAUGAGAUCAUUCUACAUGUGUCUAAAAGUCUAUGAACUUUCUCAUUUUCCAUUUUAUAAGAGUUUAUGAGACAAAAUUGUUACUUGGAGCUAUUUAUUCCUUU